GAACGACGAAAAAAGCACCAAAAGAACCAAAAGGAUGACGUAAAAAGUAUUGAAAAAACGCGUAAAAGCACCGAAAAAAAAAACAUACCAAAAGAACAACAUAAAAGUCACCAAAAGAACGACGUAAAAAAUCACCAAAAGAACGACGGAAAGAAUGACGUAAAAGAGCGACGAAAGAAAAUAAAAAAAUUGCUACUAAUAAUUGCAAAAAAGGAGAGAGAUGAUGGUGUGAAGUUGUGGCGCGAAACCAAUGAUGGUAUGUAUUGGACUCGCAAGGGUUGUAAAUCUGAUAAGGGUGAAUUUGUACCAACUCAACAAUCAAACCUUCCUGUCAUUUCAAAAUUUAUAGAGACCUUGCUAAUAAUGCAAAACAUCCUGAUCGUAAACAUGUCCUUACUUAAUAGUGUACCUCUAAAUAGUUCAAUGUCUAUGGAAGAUAGCUCCACCGUAGACUCUAAUUAA